GGGAUACUGGCGAUCAGCGACCGGUCCAGUCAGUCAAACCACUCCGCAGCACCUGCACCUGUCUCGAUGAGCGCCAGGUCAGCAGCGAAGUCCUCUUCGCUCAGCCGGACGUGCGCCGCCUCAAAGGCAGCCACCUUCCUGGCCAGGUCGGCCUUGUAGGGCUGGUCCGCGGCCUUUGACUGCUCGAAGCAGGUCAUCUUGCCGGUGCGCUUGGUCUUGCGGGUGGUCUUGGACAUCUGUUUCGCAGAAGCCAAGCCAUCCAUCCAUCCAUCCACACACAUGACGUCUGAACAUCAUCCUCCCUUACAGUACAUCUGUACCUUGGAUUUCUUGGCUAUGGCGUUUUUCUUGACGUUCUUGAUGCCAUCGUUCUUGCUGUCGUCCUUGUCCCUGCCGUCGCUGCCAUUGCUGCCGGUCUGUGUCUUGGUGGAGAGCGACGACAGGCCGCCACUGGAACUCGCCGCGCCCUUGACGGAUGCAUCCGAGGCUGCACACGCAUACACGGAAGAAAUGCGCCAUCAACUGGAUGGGUGUGUCGGUCGUGUCUCAUGAGUGUGAGCGUGCCAGCGUCAUUUGUGUCGUCCUUGUACCCCCUGGACACGUUACGCUGAGCAUGUUCGUUUUUUGAAAAUGUGCGCUGGGCGACCGCCCGAAAUGAAAAAAUGCGUCGGAGACAGCGAGGAUUGAAAAAGUGCAUCGAGGAACAGCGAGGCGAAUGAAAAUGUGCAGUCCAGACAGCGGCCAUUUGAAAUAUUGCGGUGGAGGACCGCAUCAAGGACCUCAUCAAAAGCCGCCAUGGCUUCUACGUACACCUUCCCCCACCAUGGAUCGCGCUGGGAAAUGAAAAUUUUCGUUCGUCAUCCUCCAAAUGAAAUUUUGCGUUCUGCUCUGUGACCAGCAUGCGAAAAAAUCCGUCGGCCAGAGCACCGAAUGAAAAGGUACGUAGAGGGGUGAAGGAACGAAAAAACACGUUGACCAGCUGCGAGUUUGAAAUGAUGCGCUUUCAGAAGGUUACGUGCCUAGGGGGUACGUCCUUGGGAGGGGGCAGCCCAAACGAAACAGCGGCAAGCACCGGGAUGAGG